AUGUUGCCGGUUCAUCUUGAAAUUGUCACCGCUAUUCGAAUAUCACCAUCCCACCGGCAUGAGCUCUUCCCAGCCAGGCUUGCAAGAGUCGCGGUAGACUCGGUCGGUGCCGUUCAAUGCAUUUCUAUCAAGAAGUACCCUGAUGGAAUGUUCAACAAAACAUUCCUUAUGACUAUGGAAGAUGGCCGAGAAGUCAUAGACAAAGUGCCUAACCCCAUCGCUGGUGUUCCGCACUUUACCACAGCUAGUGAAGUCGCCACGAUGGACUUUGCUAGAAAAGUUCUUGACACACCAGUACCCCGUGUCUAUGCGUGGAACUCGCGAGCAAAGUCACAUCCUGUUGGGGCGGAAUUUAUUAUCAUGGAUAAAAUUGAGGGUGUCCCGCUGUCUCAAGUAUGGAGCAUGCUGCAACUACCCCAGAGGCUCAAAGUCAUUCUUGCUAUGACAAGUCUGCAGAAGAAAUGGCUGAGCGUUUCAUUCUCGCAUUACGGCAGCCUGUACUACGCGGGAGACGUGCAGUCCUUCUCAAGCAACCACUAUGUCAAGGAUGGCAUAGCCGUCAAAAGUUCAGAGUUUGCUAUUGGCCCGGCUACUGAAACAAAGGUUGCUGCUUUAGCGUGCUAUCAAAAGAUCGUCGAUGCUCUUAUCUCAAAGGACACCUCUGUCACUAACCCAUACCUCUGCCAUAAUGAUUUGCAUUAUCAUGAUGAUAAUAUCUUCGUAGACUCAGAUAAUCCCGAAAGGAUCACGGUUAUCAUUGACUGGCAGUCUUGCCAUAUCUCACCUCUCUUCAACUAUAAUCCCGACUCAGCUCUCCUCGACUGGGAUGGCCUUGAGCCUGAGACGCUCGACCUAGCUCCAAGGCCGACACUUUCUGGGCUUCCCUCCGAAGAAAUAUCCGCCGCUAUGCGCGAUUAUAUCGUUCAAAACAUGUUCAUUGGAUGGCGAAAACUUAUGCAUGCCAAAAAUCCAGACUUGUAUCGAGCAAUCGAAUUCCGAAAGACGUCGGCGUACGGGCUAAUACUUCUUGCCCAUCGCAUGUUCGAAUACGGCGAGGCACACUUCCUAUCCCUUCUAGUCGAUCCCGGGAUCACUGGCGACAUUCCAUUUCCAUUUGAGUUUUCAGAAAUGGAUAUUGAACGCAUCAAGCUAGAUAGCGACGAUGCGGUGGCGGGAACUGAGCUUUUGUUUGAGAUCAAGGAGACAAUGGGCGAUUUGUGGCCCGACAAAGGCUUCAUCGAACAUGAGCGAUACGACGAGUGCAAAGCUGCGCUCGACGAAAUCAAAGCUCAGAUACUGGAGCAAUUGGCUGAGACUGACGAGGAAAAAGCCGAGUACCAGCGGUAUUGGCCAUUUGAAUAA